AUGUCGAUGAUAACUGAGUCUGCUUCCACGUUCACAAACGAUUCAUUUUACUAUCCUCAAAGGGGAGAAGAAUUUAUAAGACGUCAAAAAAUAAUACCCAACACACAUCCGUUUCCGUGUUCGAAUUCGACCGUUUUCGGAAGAUCGGAAACACGUCCGAAAAGCGUUCACAAACUUAAACCUGGUGACGUUGACGUCAUCGGGGCUAUGGGUGACAGUCUUAUUGCCGGAAAUGGAGCUUUGGAAGAAUUUGCCAUCGGUACUAUAAUAGAAUAUCGUGGCGUUUCGUGGUGUGCAGGUGGAGAAGGAACGUGGCGGCAAUAUUUGACGCUUCCGAACAUACUAAAAGAAUUCAAUCCGAAAAUAAAAGGUUAUUCGAAAGGAAAAGGUGAAUUUUUAUCGAAAAAUUCAGGUAUGAACGUAGCAUUUCCGGUAUCGGCGGAUGCCGAUGCACUAGCUCAAGCAAAAUAUUUAGUUAAAAAAAUGAAAAGCGAUCGAGAUAUCGAUUACGAAAACGACUGGAAGAUGAUAACAGUUUUUUUCGGAGCAAACGAUCUUUGCUCCUCGCAAUGUUUUAACAAAGAAGGAACAUCGGCUAUACAACACAGAAGAAAAUUAAUGGAAGCUUUGGAUUAUUUACACGAAAACAUGCCAAAAACUUUUGUCAAUCUCAUACCCGUUUUAGAUGUAACAGUUUCCGUUCGACAAAAGCGUUCCGUCAUAUGUCGUUUCCUUCACAGACUUUUUUGCACUUGUUUUCAUACAGGAAGUGACGUCGACGAAUACGAUGUUAUAUCCCAGUUAGUGUUAGACUAUCAGGAAGCCGAAAAACAACUCGUACAAAGCGGACGAUAUGACACCAAAGAGGAUUUCACGGUUGUACUACAACCAUUUAUGACUGCUUUUAACGCUCCUAAGGAUAAAUCAAAACGAUACAAACCGUUUAUUGAUAAAUCCUAUAUAACGUACGAUUGUUUUCAUUUUAGUCAAAAAGGUCACGCAUUGGGUGCCAAUAUGUUAUGGAACAAUUUACUAGAACCCGUGGGUAAAAAAUCUAAAAAACAAUUAAAUCACAUAAUGGCGGAUUUUAAAUGUCCGACAAAUGAUGCGCCAUAUUUUUUUACAAAUUUAAAUAGUGAAAUUUAUUUUAAACACGGAACUCAAUUAUACGACGACAAUAACAAAAACAUUUCACAUUAA